CAAGAAGAAAAGGACGAGCACUGAAAGCUGUGUUUUCCAUUCCUCCCCUGUUUUCCACUUCCGGCCAUCCAUGACGGCAGUGGAAGGUAGGCAUGCCUCCCACUUCCCCUGUUCCUCACGCGAUCGCCAGUAUUCUUCGUCAAUUAUGGUAGGUUUCAAUUAGUUAUCCGAAAUUGUUUUCCCAUUUUUUAUUAUUUUGGGUCUCUAAAUCCAAUCUUUGGUAAGUGUUCAAUCGAUCGUCUUCUACAAAAGGAUGUCCUUCUUGGUUUACGUCCCAUUCCACUUCUCCGCCAUGGCUUCCUCUCUCCUUUACUAUUUGCUGCUGUUUUUUCUUCUUCUCUCCACGAACGUCAGUGGCCACCGCCACCAUUCGCAUCAUCGGCGAGCGCCAGUUCUCCCCGGCAAUGGAGGGGAUGUUUCUGCGGCCAUCAACCUGGCCUGCCGCGCCUCACGCUUCCCGGAUCUCUGCGAGUCCGCCCUCUCCUCUCUCUCUUCGUCCCUUCCUCCGAACCCCGACGCUGCUGACCUCAUUCUCGCCGCCCUCGCCGUUUCCUCGGACCGCACAAAGACCGCCCGCGCCACCGCCGAGGACAUCCUCGGAGCCUCUGCCUCCGACCUCAACCGCACCGCCGCCGCCCGAAACUGCCUCGAGUUUCUCUCCCUCGCUGACCACCGCGUCGGGGUCGCCUCCUCGGCUCUCUCCGCCGGCGACCUCGCCGGCGCCCGCCUCUUCACGGGCGCCGUCGCGCUUCACCAGUACGACUGCUGGUCAGCCUACAAGUACGUCAGCGACACCCAGCAGGUGGUCGACGCCAUGGCUUUCCUCUCCGACCUCGCCAACGUCACCGGCAGCGCCGCCUCCAUGAUCGCCGCCCUGCAGCGCUACGGCGGCAACACCUCGCUGUGGGCUCCGCCGCAGACGGAGAGGGACGGGUACUGGCCGGACGUCGCGGCAGCUGCGCCGCCGCCGGAGGGGUUCGGCGCGGGUGUCGCUGGGAGUUGUUUCUCGGGGAAUCCGGACGCGACUGUAUGCAAAGACGGCGGCGAAGGGUGCGACUUCACGACGGUGCAGUCGGCGGUGGACGCUGCGCCGGUGAACUCCCAGCAGCGGCACGUGAUCUACAUAAAGGAAGGGGUGUACGAGGAAACGGUGAGGGUGCCGCUGGAGAAGCCCAACCUGGCGUUCGUGGGAGACGGCAUGGGCAAGACCGUCAUCACCGGCUCCCUCAACGCAGACACCCCCGGCGUCUCCACCUACAACACAGCCACCGUCGGCGUUCUUGGCGAUGGCUUCAUGGCGCGCUACCUGACCUUCGAGAACACGGCCGGGCCGGACGCCCACCAGGCGGUGGCAUUCCGGUCCGGCAGCGACCAAUCGAUCCUGGAAUCCGUCGAGUUCCUCGGCCACCAAGACACUCUCUACGCCCACUCCCUCCGCCAGUUCUACAACACCUGCCGCAUCGCCGGCACGGUCGACUUCAUCUUCGGCAACUCCGCCACCGUCUUCCACGACUGCCUCCUCGUCAUCCUCCCCCGGCAGCUCAACCCGGAGAAGGGGGAGUCCAACACCGUGACUGCCCACGGCCGGACUGACCCUGCGCAGCCCACCGGGUUCGUGUUCGAGCGGUGCACCGUCAACGGCAGCGAGGAGUACAUGAGGCUUUACAGGUCCAAGCCGGCGGUCCACCAGGUCUACCUGGGCAGGCCGUGGAAGGAGUACUCAAGGACAGUGUUCAUCAACUCGCACCUGACAGAGAUCGUGAGGCCGGAGGGGUGGAUGCCAUGGAAGAAUGACUUCGCGUUGGCAACGCUCUACUACGGGGAGUCCGGCAGCGACGGGCCAGGGGCAAAUGUGGCUGCGAGAGUGCCGUGGAGCAGCCAGAUUCCGGCGGAGCAUUUGGGAGUGUACUCUGUUGAGAACUUCAUACAGGGGAAUCGAUGGAUUUGAAGCCCGCACAAGUUGCUGUUACUUGAGAAUCAAAGAAAGGCGUGAUUGGGGCCAUAGCCAAAAUCAAACAAAAUAAUGAUACCAAGUAGAUGAAAGCAUGUCUUUGAGCCCCUUUCAAAAUUUCAAACCAAAUAAAAUUGAAAAGGGCGAGGGAAUGAACCAUUAAGCAUAUGAUUAUUCGUGAAAA